AGGCUAGACUAUGCAGCAGCCCUGCGCAUCGCUCGGGAUCCUGUCGCGAAGUCGGCGCCCGCCACCAUGUCGGCCAACACCCAGCCUAUAACUACAGCAUCAGCACCGUCGCAAACCAAAAAGGCACCACGAAAGCAUGUCACCACUGCAUGUGUGCCGUGCCGUGAGAGCAAAAUCAGGUGCGACGGAGCAACUCCGGACUGCGUGAACUGCCAGAAAAAGGGAAAGAAAUGCAAGUACCAACAUGGAGACGACAAGCGAAAGGUCUCCCUCCGCGCAGCAACCGAAUUGUUCUCGGCCAGAAUCGACCAGUUGACGCAAUUCAUCUACGACCGCGGCCUCGAACCCCCCGCGAUGCAUCCAGAAGCCGACCAAGAGAUAAACCGAGUCCUGGACACCCUUCAGAUCCCGCGAGGCGCUAUCAGACGGCACGCACCCUCGUUGGAGAAUCGCUCUCCCCCCCAUACAACUCCUCCAUCGCGAAACCCGGCCUUUGACGCUCACGUUUCGCUUCCUUCGGGGCUGCCGAACUGGUCGUCUGCUGCAUAUACUGCCCCGGAUACCACGCGUGGUAUGGUUCCACCGCCGCCGGAACAACAACAUCUUGGUCACGAUGCAAACUUUACUCAUGGUGGAUUCGAUUUUUCGUUACCAACUGCCGAGUGCCUGGACAAUCUCUAUGCGAACCUGCACAGUCCGGAGCGGCCUCUCAGUGGCGAGCAUAUGCACACUGCAAACAACCAAUCUUCUUCAUUGAAUGUACCGCGGCAGCACAUCACCGACACAGAAAGCGACAGCGACGACGACGCAGAACAAGAAGUCAUCGAGCAACUGUCGUCGCGCAUGGGCACUCUGAAACUAGCUGGUGACGGGCAUCUCCGUUACUACGGCCCAACAUCCAACCUCAACCUGGUAGACGUCGUCGCAACUUCGGACAAGAGGCCUGGUCUAGAUGCGCGCUCGGUUCGCCAUGAUGGCCAGGAGUUGCUCAAUCAUCUGCGCCUGGGGCAGCAUGUCGAGCAAAGCUUGGAAGAUCAUCUUAUCAAGCUGUAUUUUACGUGGCAGAAUCCGAGUUUAUAUGUUGUCGAUUGGGAGAUGUUUGCGGCUGCUCGGGUGAAAUGGAGAAAUGAAGGGGAUGAUACGCCGUUUUUCUCAGAGGUGUUGACGAAUGCAAUGUGCGCACUGGGCGCGGCUUUCGAAGCUCGAUAUCACCCCACGUUCAUCACCUUUCCAAAAUCACUGUCAGAGUUUUUUGCCGACAGAGCAAAAGCCCUGCUGGAAAUUGAACUGGACUGUCCCUGCGUCGCCACGGUGCAGGCUCUGGUCAUUCUCAGCAGCCACGAAGCUGCGUCAAAUCGAGACGCGCGUGGGUGGCUAUAUAGCGGAAUGUCAAUGAGACUUGCAUUCGACUUGGGCUUGCAUCUUGAUAUGACUCCCUAUGUCGAAAAAGGCAAAAUGACACCCUUGGAGGCUGAAGUUCGUAGGAUUGCUUUUUGGGGUAGUUAUGUUGCAGACCACUUUUGGGGAUUCUACCUCGGUCGACCGUUCCGCAUGAAUGCUGGCGAUGUAUCAGUCUCCAAACCGGCAUCGGGUCUUGGACGUACCAGAGAGGAGACCUGGUAUGCAUAUGGCAUGGGCGAGUCUCAGCCGCCAAACCUCAAAAUCGGCCUCGGAAGUCCGAGUGAGCUGAUUAGCCGCCAAUUCGCGAAUCUGUGGGAGAUGAUCACGCCUGUUGGUCAUAUCUUGUACGGCUGCAGUGAUAUCGACAGACACGACUUGCAACGAAUCACAUACAAAGUAACAGAAGAUCUAUUUGCCUGGAAAGACAAUCUACCCUCGUCACUGCAAAUUGAUCUUGACCACGAUACUGGACCGAUAAUUCCACAUCUAUUAAUGCUUCAUAUGCAAUACCACCAAAUCCUCAUCUUCUUCCACCGACCCUGGGUGUCCAAGAGCUACAUCCAACCACAAAACCCCAAACAAGGACCAGGUUACCAACACGCUCGCAAAACUUGCAUCGAUUCCGCCACAGCGAUAGCACGCCUUUUGCGUCUGUACGAAAAAUACUACACCUUCCGACGCAUCAACAACCAAGUCGUAGCCAUCAUUUUCACCGCUGCCCUGAUUCUGAUUUUCGUUACUAUUUCCAUGUCGUCUCCAACCGCCAGCCGCUUUCGACUGGACGAGCAGUGGCAGCAAGCCGACAUGGUUGCGCAUUUGAACGUCUGUUUCCGGGCACUGGACGAACUGGGCCAGUCGUUUGAGAACGCGAAACGCACUCGAGAUUUCCUGGUUAGUUUGCAGCGACGAUGGCAGAACCAUAUGCGCAAAUCGGGCUCGUCGACGUCAAAACGCCUAUACGCCAAAUCCGGCGUGUCUCCCAACCGUGUCGCCGGUAGUAUAGACAAAAAACCGCGCCUGACAGAGGCAUCCCUCGCAGACGCCAGCCUUGGCUCGCACCUCAAUGAAAACAGCAACAGCAACAGCAACGACAUUCUUUCUUCUGACGUCGACCUAGGCCAAAUCGGCCUGAGCUGGACACCUUCCAGCCGCGACCUCAAACUCCUCUCCGAGGACCUUGGUGGUCCCUUACUACCGUCCGAGACCGCGGCGUUUGCAGGCAGUAAUGGGAUUCCCAAUCUAGGCGAGAUUGCGCCUUCGUGGUGGGAUUCGCCGCCGGGGAGUGGAGGGACUUUAUACAUGUACCUGACCAAUCUUCGGACCGACCGUCGUCCAUGUGUCAGACACAGCAACCUCUUCGCGCUCUUUCUCACGCAUAGCCGACAACCCAAAGCCCACACAGAGCGCCAUAGCAAAAAUCUCCUCCAGCACAUCCAUACACAAGUAAAUAGUAUUGCUACCACCAAUAACAAACCGCGCAUCAGAACCAUAAUCGCCCAUGGCGGAAUAGACCAGCCUGACCAAAAGAAACGGCCAGGAAAGAACAAUAGCGCGAAACAGCUUCUUUUGCCACGCGCAAACCAGAAAUAUGCCCAUGGCGGCUUUCAUUUCGCUGUUGGCGUGGAAGGUGGUGUUGGUGUCCAUGAUGCUGACGCCUACAAUGCCGAGGAUGAGGCCGAGGAAACCAAGAAGCUGCAUCUCGAUUACCCUAAUGGGACUAGUCUGGAGCUGCGGCAAUUGCCGCGCUGUCAAACGGCGCGUGGGUUAUUUACUCUUGUCUCCCCCUGUCUGCUCGGUCAGUUUGCUAACUCUCUCUCUAUACAGUGCGACCAUAAACUGCCUCAUUGUGGGCAAUGCAUUCGAACACGCGAACAAUGCCCAGGAUACCGAGAUGAAUGGGAGCUCGUCUUUCACGACCAGACGAGCAAGACUAUCAAGCGCUCCAAAGCUAAAAGAGCUAAUAAUACGGCCAGUGAUACAACAACAACUACUGCUACCACCACCACCACCACCACCACCGCCAACCAUCUACCCCCGCUCCCUCACAGCACCUUGAAGCCCAGUGUAGAUGACCUGGGCAUCAACUAUUUCUUCCGCCACUUCGUCGUCGGCGACCGCUCCAAUGCGCGCGGAUGCCUCAACUAUGUCCCCUCUGUUUAUCACGCUGACGGCGCGCAAUCGACGCUGGUAGCUAGCAUGGCAGCCGUGGGCCUCGUGGCAUUGGCCAAUUCCACUCAACGACCGGAAUUGGCCAGCCACGCACGCGUAAAAUACCUGCAGGCAAUCCACCUUGUGAGCGCUGCGUUGGCGUCCCCCGUCGAAUGCGUCAAGGACAGUACCCUAAUGUCAGUAAUCUCGCUGGGCGUGUUUGAGCAUGUCUCUGCGUACGAGUCGUUUGCGCGACAUGUCCAAGGUGCUGCGGCGCUGGUGAUUGCUAGGGGCAAAAGCCAGUUUUCAAGUCCGGUCGGAAUUCUCAUGUUUAAUCAAGUGCGCACGGAUCUGGUGCUUGCCAGUUUCAGGACUGAUCAACCCAUUCCAGAGAAGAUAUUGCAACUUCAGGAAGAGGCAGUCGAUCAUAAAUGCACGUCUACGUCGUGGUGGCGUAUGGGGGUGCUGGGCACCCGGUGCACAAAACUCCUUAUAGCCACCAAGAAAAAUUACUAUACGGGGAGACGCUCUUGGUUUGAAAUGCUGGAUGAGACAACUGUGCUGGAGCAGGAUUUUGAAUCCCUCGUUCCGGUUCUCGAAAUACAAGAACCGUACACAAUCAUCCGAGUGUCUGAUGGAGACCCAAACAUAAUUAAGAACGGUCUAUAUCACUUCUAUAAGGACUCGUGGGCAAUCAGGCUUUGGACAAACCAGAGAACUCUUCAAAUGGUUACCUGUGAGAUCAAAUACUACAUCUUGACUAUGAUCCUUAGCAAGAAAAUCUCGCCGGACCUCCGGGAGCAUACAAAAAUGGAGGUCCGAAGAACCUUACACACUCUGUCAAAACUGGGAGACGAAAUCCUAGCAAUCGUCCCACAGGCGUUGGAAUUCAUAUCCUCAGAGUCUCUGGACCCUUGCCCCUCAAUCGGUCUGACUAGCGUGUCAGGCGGAUAUAUGUUGGUCUGGGGCCUGUUCAUGGCAGGGAAGUCAGCGUCCACGAAGAGCGAGACCCGAAAGUGGAUUAUUCGACUUCUCCAGGAUAUUGGUUGGAACACGGGCAUAUCAGUUGCGCUACGGCUGGUGGAAGUAGUAAUAGAGGUAGAUCGAAUGACCGGCUGA